UCAUAUCCCCAAUGUCACUUUAAUUUCUUCAGCCAGACUCGAAUUCACACUAUGACUGGGUGAAUAUAACAAGGUGCAUACCAGACGAUGAUGAAACAUGAUCGGAUCAAAUAACCGCUAUGGCAUCAAAGCAUCUGGUGGUACAGACUUUGAUGGUUUGCAGGUUUGCAUAGUCAACUUUACGUGUUAUGUACAUCUUGGUUUGGGUACUGCUUACUAUGUGGUACCUUAUCUAUGCUGGAGUAUCACCAGAUCAGCUAUCCACACGGUCAGUAAGUACCUAAGUACCUGCCUGGUAUCUGGGGAGUAAAGUCCAACGCGCAAUUCCUGCACGAAAACCAAACUCGGG